CAGAGCAACAGUUAUCAUCAUGGACAAUCCUGAAGACUGCAAUGUCGCUGCCACUAUGGGCUUCUCUGGGUUUGGAAAGAAAGCCCGGACAUUUGACUUGGAAGCCAUGUUUGAACAAACCCGUAGAACUGCUGUGGAGAGAAGCAAAAACACAUUUGAAGCCAGAGAGAAAGAUGAGAAGUCAAAAAAACCAGAGGAUGAAGCUGGUUCUGGAACCAAGAAUGUGGCAUCUAGCUCUCGGGUGAAAUCUGCUGACUCCAGUUCAAGUGACUCGGAGGACAACUCAGAGGAUGAGGUCAUUGGACCUCCUGUGCCCCCCAGAGCUUCUCAAGACUCAGAUGAUGAAAUGAUUGGUCCUCCGCUUCCUCCAGACUUCAAAGACAGUGACGAGGAUGAUGAUGAUGAGGAUGAUGACGACGAUGAUGAUGAUAAUCCUGUUAAAAGCAUUCCGGAUUCACAUGAAAUCACGCUCCAGCACGGCACAAAAACUCUAUCUGCUAUGGGGUUGGACCCUUCUGGCGCACGUCUGGUAACCGGAGGUUAUGACUAUGAUGUAAGGUUUUGGGAUUUUGCUGGGAUGGAUUCAUCUCUACAAGCUUUUCGCUCACAUCAGCCUUGUGAAUGUCAUCAGAUCAAGUCUCUGCAGUACAGCAUUACCGGAGAUGCUAUUCUUGUUGUGGCUGGAAACUGUCAGGCAAAAGUGCUGGACAGAGAUGGCUUCCCUGUCAUGGAGUGUGUUAAGGGAGACCAGUAUAUUGUGGACAUGGCAAACACAAAGGGACAUUGUGCAAUGCUUAAUGGGGGAUGCUGGCAUCCAAAAAUUAAAGAUGAGUUUCUCACAUGUUCCAAUGAUGGGUGA